AUGACGGAGACCUUUGUGAACAAGUUGGCACGUGCCAUGUCUAUAAUUUUCGAUUGCCAGUACUUUUCAACAGAUCACAGAACAAGCGUUCAUUGGUCUUUCUUUGGUAUCGCGGAAAAUACAGUCACGGCGGCAGGAGCCUUUAAAAUGGCGCACAAUAAGAUCUUGGACUGGGCAUGCUCAUAUAAGGGCGGUUCGUCCACGUUCAGCUACCGCAUUGGGAUUGCUGACGGUCUCGUCGCCAUGGCCAAUCGGGAGAAGAAAAUUGAUCUCGCGAUGGCAAUAAAGAAAGAGCUCGACAUGAUUGCCGCUAAAGAACGGGAGGAGGCCAUGGAACGUGAGCGUGAACUUGAAAGGCUCCGUAACAUGCCUUCGUUGGCGGUUGACCCUGCUGAAUCAGAUGACGAGUCCCAAGACGAAGGGCCUGGGUUCCUAGAUAUAAAUGACAUGUCUGACCAGCCUUUCAGCUCUUUGGAUUCGCGCGAACAUGGAAACUUGAAUAGCGGAGAGGGAAUGGCAGACUUUGAUGAAUAUGACGAGAAUGUGAUCGAUCUUACAGGUGAUGUGGAUGAUAACAUCGACAAGAUUAUUAAAAGAGAGCCUCUCGAAACUCUUGGCUUUAAUAGUACCCCUGCCGCUUUAAUAAAGCAGGAAUCCUCGAUCGAGAAUCCUUCAUCUGUGAAGAGUGAGCUCUUGUCAGGCUUUCCUUGGGUAUCUGAGAUGUAG